AUGGGUAAGGUCCGAGUUAUAGGGAGGCGGAAAACUGACUCCAUGGGAAUCGAACGACCCACUAUCACAAAUGGAAAUGUCAUGCACCAGAGUAUGUCAUUCCCAGAGUUCGUGUUGGCGACACCUGUACGACUUCCACGAGCAAUAAUACGGGAUACGCCCCCUAUUCGGGACAUAAGUACCUCUUCCGAAUCUCCUAUCUAUCAACGUCAUCGCGUUCGGACUCUAGACUCAUCACCAUACAUUGGCGCUCGUGCUCUUGGUGUUGCUCCUAACGCACAUAACACCGUCGGUCCAUAUUGGUUUCCUGAUCAUUUGAGUACACGACGCCCGGAAGAGUUUCCUCUUUCGGAUAUUUUCAAUCGGCAACCCAUUUCCAACCAAACCAGCAGGAAAAUUUCGGCACCAGCGAACCUAACAACUCUCUAUCCUGAUCAGUUGAUGACUGAUCGACUUCCGAUGCCGACUACAUCGCCAAUUGAUCACCAAGAGUCAUAUUUUGGUGAAAAUCCACACCAAUUACCAAGGGUUGCGCUACAUUCAACGGAUCCGCUCUCACAACGACAAUCUCCUGCUCAAAUAGUGGAACGUGGAAGGCCUAUGCAGGAAGAAUCGGCGGUUUCAAGUCAACGCUCUUCAGCGGACGACAUGGAAACGAUCAAUGCACGGGCUCUCAGAGCAAAUCCUUUUCUCGGCUAUCAACGUUUCAUGUUCGCGUUGACCAAAUAUCCUGCAUUGGUGAUGACAAUGAUCGCUCUAUGGAAUAUCACCGGUCGUGGUGAUUCCAUGCCGAAAAGUGACAGCGAACAAGGUGCUUUUUAUGCAGCUUUUGGGACUGCAGGAGUUGUUUUUGCAUCACAAAUACUACUGAGCUCCAAUCACUACUAUUUGUAUAAGAGAGCGAGAAGAAUGAGCUAUUUAUACCAUUUAUCUAUGGUAGUCACAUUCUGUGGUGCAGUAGUAUGUAUAGUGCUAGCGUCAAUAAAUUUCAAAAAUUUCCGGGAUAAUUCAAAAUCAACUACUGAGUGUAGAUACAAGAACGAUUGUGGUUGCUACAGUAAUCAGGAACGACUGGCGUAUUUGAGUGCGCUGGCAGGAGGUGGCAUUAUGCUGGUAGUACUGGCAAUUAGUACUUUCAUAUAUGGAGGAAUUGGUCUCAGCCUCAUGAAACAACGACUUGCCGCCGAAUAUGCUAAGAAAGCUCGCGAGAGGACCUACUACAAUAACGGAUUCCAAUAUUAA